AUGGCUACUGCUUUCUCUUUUAAAUUAUGGUAUAAUUUAAGGGUUAAUAGUUCGUUAUGGGCUAAUUUUAUGACAUCCAAGUACUGUCGGGAUUCUCAUCCCUCCAUGUGUUUUUAUUCUAAUGGUAAUUCUCAAGUUUGGCAUCGUAUGCUUAAAGUUAAGUGGAUCAUUGAUCCUAGGCUUGCUUGGGGCCUAGGGGAGGGUAACAUUUUCUUUUGGCAAGAUCAGUGGAUUAAUGGCUUUUCGAUAGAUGAUCUCCUUACCUCUAAUACUUUGAGUUCGGUUAAAGUGAUUUUUUUAUUUUCUGACAAUGGUUGGGAUGUGGAAAAGCUUUCUGCUGUUAUUCCAGAUUACAUUAUCAAUUUGAUUACCAAUAUUUCUAUUAACCGGUGUGCUAAAGAUGCAUUGCUUUGUAAAUUUACUAAAGAUGGUCUUUUCUCUACUAAACAAGCUUGGCAUGUGUUUAGAAAUAUUAAGUUGUUUUCUAAGUCUUUUAAAAUGAUGUGGCAUAAGAGCAUUCCGACCACGGUUUCUGUCUUUAAUUGGAGAGUUCUUAAGAAUUUUGUUCCUACCGAUGAUAUGCUGAGAAAAAAAGGUUUAUUUAUGACUUCUAAAUGUCAAUGUUGUGCUAACUUAGAGACGGUUCAUCAUGUGUUUGUUUCUUCUCCAAUUGCAGUUAAGGUUUGGAAUUACUUUAAGGAGAUUUUUCAUGUUAAUGGUGGUGGCCCUACCUGUUCUGUGUUUAACUUGCUUGAGGUUUGGAUGGUUAGAGUGAAGGGGCAUGUCCGUAAUGUUAUUCCUCUUCUUAUUUUUUGGUUUAUUUGGUUAGCUCGUAAUGAUUCUCGGAUUAAUAAUGUUGGGAUGAACCAUCUUACUAUUAUUGCGAGAAUUAAGGAUAAAAUUUUUGCUCUUUUUUCGGCUAAUCUUUUAUCUUACAAAAGUUUUGAUAAAAUUUCUUCUUCUGUUGAGAUUUUCGGGAUUGCUGGUAUUGUUGCCCUGGUUAAUAAGUUCUCUUAUUGGUCUUCUCCUAAUUCUAAUUGUUUUAAGCUGAAUAUUCAUACUGUGUUGGCUGAGACCAAGUGGUGUAUUGGGGGCUUAAUCAGGAACUCUGAAGGGAUGUACAUUGUUGGUUUUGUUGGGAUGUCAGUGGCGGUUGAUAACCUGGAAGGGUUUUUGUUGGCUGUGCUUUACGGGCUUUCCCUCUGUGUUAGCCUCGAUGUUAGUAAUGUGGUUGUGGAGAGUAAUCUUAGCAUUGAUCAAUCUGUUUUGUUGGGCGUGGAUGGUACUAGUUGCGGGCAUGCUUUAUUUUUUGUCCGUAGAAAGGUUAUGGUCUUAACAAACUCUUUGGAAUGUUCUUAUAAUGUGGUUAAGACUGAGAUUAAUGCUGCUUCCAGUGCCUUGGCCCUCUUUGGUACCAGGUUUUCUGAAAUUAUUGAUCUUACCUUUGCUAAUCUUCCGGUGCAUAUUCAAGGCUUGAUCAAUUUGGAUAAGACGAAAGUUCCCUAUGUUUUGGGUUAA